AUUUAUAAAUUAGAAUAUCAUUUGUUAUUUUUAUUUUUUGAUUUUUUGAUGAAUAUCCCUGGGGAUUGAUCUUGGUGCCGUCACCGAGUGGCACCAGAGGUCUGAUUAUCUUUUGCGCCUUGACGCGACGAGACAAAACGCAACGUCACAUAGUUGGCCAGUUCCAAAACGCCAUUAACAUGUAUAUACGUAUUUUUUUUAUUUUAUUUUUUUCUUCUCUUUUUUAAUAAACAGAUGAGACAAAAUAAAAAUGAGACUCAAGUGGUGGUGGUGGUAUUCUUAUCUUCUCUUUUAACCACCUUACACUAAAUAUCUGUUUGAAACUGUGAACCAGUUCCGGAUUGUCACUCCAACUGAUCACUUGUUUUAUAUAUAUUUUUUUUUCAAAUUUAAUUUGUUAUUUAGCUUCUAUUUACUGACAUUAAUUCUUAUCAUAUUGUCAACAUCAUCAACAAGUGCACAUAAACUUGAAUAAAUUUUUUAUUUCAAUAUUAUUUUUAUCACUUGAAUUCCUUGAUAUUUUUUUAUUUCAAAUAUUUAAAAUUAUUUAAUCAACUUUUUAAAGUCCAACAGUAUUUUUUUUUUUUUCACCAAUUUAUUUUGAGAUAUUUUGACAGUUGUUGGAGAUGAUUGAAAACACGUCAAUGUUUGAUGAAAUGACAGAUGAAAUGUUAUUCUCAGUUCUUGGUUUAAAAAUGGGAGAAACUGGAUUAAUUGAAAGCGAAGAUACAUCAUUGUCAAUAUUAUCAAAUGGAUAUGAUAAUAAUUACAAUGAUAAUUCAUCAGAAAUCAUUGAUAAUAUAUCAAAUUUAUCAGAAUGUUAUACUGAUUUAAGUCAUUCAUCGUCAGAUGGUACAUGGACAGAUUGGUCAUCAACAAAUGUAUCAUCACCAUCAGAUUAUUUUGGUGAUAUUGGAGAAAUUGAUUAUGAUCUUGAUUGGUGUCUUGAUAAUAAUUGGAAUAUUAGUUUACCAGACAGAACACCAUUGUGUACAUCAGGAUGUGAAAGAUUUCUUAAUUUACCAUUAACAAAUAUUGAUCAAUCACAAAAUCAAAAUCAACAAAUUCUACAACAACAAGAUCAACAACAAGAACAAUAUUCACAUCAAUAUGAUCAUCAUCAUCAUCAUCAUAAUCAAUACCCACAAUUAUUUCAACAUGAUGAAUCGUUAAUUGUACUGGGUAUUGAUUUAAAAUCAUUAGAAAAUAAUAUACCAAAUGAUUUUACCAAUAGCAACAAUCAGAGUGGUGAUAAUAAUAUGAUUAUUUCAACGUCAGCAAAUGCAGCUUUAGCAACACAUGAUUAUACUAAUAGAAGUAUUGAACAGGCAGCAGCAGAUGAACGUUGUUUUCCUUGUACAUAUCAAGGAUGUAUGAAGGUCUAUGCAAAAGCAUCACAUUUAAAAGCACAUCUACGACGUCAUACUGGUGAAAAACCAUUUGCCUGUACCUGGUCAGGUUGUGGCUGGCGUUUCAGUAGAUCAGAUGAAUUAGCAAGACACAAAAGAUCACAUUCUGGUGUUAAACCCUAUCCAUGUGAAAUGUGUAAUAAAAGAUUUGCAAGAAGUGAUCAUUUAGCAAAACAUCGUAAAGUACAUCGUAAAAAUAAUAAUUACUCAUCAAUGUUACAAAAUAAUCGUAAUUAUCAUCAUGCUGAUAAAAUAAAUAAUAUUUAACUCAAAUUAUUAACAAUCACCAAAGACAUCAAGCCAAUUUUUUACAUUUUUUUUUUUUGGCUUAUAUUCAGUACUUAAGAAUCAACUAUCAAUUUGUAGAUAAAACAAAAAAAAAAGUAUUCUUUUUUUCUUUUUCAUUAUGUCUUUUAUAAAAAAAAAACAAAUAUAAAAACAAAAAAAAUAUUUUUUAAUUUUUGGUAAAUGCAACUAAAGCCAUGACUAACUUUUAGAUAAUUUUUUUUUUUUUUUAUUUUAAAAAUUAAACGAGUCGUUAAAAAAUUAAUACUUGAUUGGAUUUUUUUUUUGUUUUGAAUAUUGCGGCAGUUAUACUUAUCAUGACAAUUAGAAAUAAAUAAAUAAUAAAUAGUAAAAAAUAA